GGAGGCGGGAGCGCCCAGCGAUGACUGUGUCUUUUCCAUUCGCGCCUCCGCGCUGCAUUACUGACAGACUGUAAAAUAGGACAAAUACACUGACAGUCAAGACUCGAACACAGUCGGAUACUCUAGAGGGAGGAGGAGGAGGAGGCGAGAGAGCUACCGAGCUAGCGAGAGAGAGAGAAUCGGGGAGUAAAAUGAAGGACAGAGGUCAAGACACUGAACCGUCGGUGGAUGAGAGGUACACGCAGUGGAAGUCCUUAGUGCCGGUGCUCUACGACUGGCUCGCCAACCACAACCUCGUCUGGCCUUCUCUUUCUUGCCGAUGGGGUCCGCAACUAGAGCAAGCCACUUACAAGAAUCGUCAACGUCUUUACCUUUCUGAACAGACUGAUGGCAGUGUUCCAAAUACUCUUGUCAUAGCAAACUGUGAGGUUGUUAAACCUAGAGUUGCAGCUGCAGAGCACAUAUCACAGUUCAAUGAGGAAGCACGUUCUCCCUUUGUGAAGAAGUACAAAACUAUUAUACACCCUGGCGAGGUGAACAGAAUCAGGGAACUCCCACAGAAUAGUAAGAUCGUGGCCACACACACUGACAGUCCUGAUGUUCUAAUUUGGGAUGUUGAGGCUCAACCAAAUCGUCAUGCUGUUCUGGGAGCUACAAAUUCUCGUCCAGAUCUGAUAUUGACUGGGCAUCAAGAUAAUGCUGAAUUUGCUCUGGCUAUGUGCCCUACUGAACCCUUUGUGCUUUCUGGAGGCAAGGACAAGUCUGUUGUUUUGUGGAGCAUCCAUGAUCAUAUUUCUACUUUAGCAGCAGACACAGGAACUACAAAAUCUCCAGGGUCAGGUGGCACCAAUAGUAAACAUGCCUCUAAGGUUGGUGGGAGUGCAGAUAAACCCAUCGACAGCCCUUCUAUUGGUCCAAGAGGUAUCUACCAAGGGCACAAUGAUACUGUAGAAGAUGUGCAGUUCUGCCCAUCGAGUGCACAGGAGUUCUGUAGCGUAGGUGAUGAUUCUUGUCUCAUACUAUGGGAUGCCAGAGUGGGAUCUACUCCAGUUGUCAAGGUUGAGAAAGCUCAUGGUGCUGAUAUACAUUGUGUUGAUUGGAAUCCUCAUGAUGUAAAUUUUAUCCUGACAGGGUCUGCUGAUGCUACUGUUCACAUGUUUGAUCGCCGUAAUCUCACUUCUGGAGAUGUUGGAUCACCUGUUCAUAAAUUUGAAGGUCACAAUGCUGCUGUCCUCUGUGUACAGUGGUCUCCAGACAAGUCAUCCGUCUUUGGAAGUUCUGCUGAGGAUGGCAUUCUGAACAUCUGGGAUCAUGAGAAGGUUGGUAAAAAGCAUGACUCUAUAGGAUCAAAAAUGCCAAAUUUUCCUCCCGGCUUAUUCUUCCGACAUGCUGGGCAUAGGGACAAGGUUGUUGACUUCCAUUGGAAUGCAUCUGAUCCAUGGACUAUUGUCAGUGUGUCUGAUGAUUGUGAAAGUACUGGAGGUGGUGGCACACUACAGAUAUGGCGGAUGAUAGAUUUGAUAUACAGGCCCGAGGAAGAGGUCCUGGCUGAGCUGGAUAAAUUCAAGUCGCACAUCUUAACAUGUUCCUCUUGAUUCUAAUUAAAGAAGU